AAUCAGAAGGAUUAUGAAAAGUGUGCCUACAGUUCCGUUGGCUGCUAACGGGUUGCUGUACCAUGACCAUGAUGCCAUUACACAGUGCCAACGAGAAUGCUCAAGAAGAUUCAGCAUCUCUAUACAGCUGGAACAAGAGGCUUAUGUUAGUCAACACCCAGAGUUAAUAUCAAUGAUGGAAAUGUUUAUUUGUAAAAUGUCUUUGCAAAAUAAAAGAAAAUGCAAUUUUAUUAAAGAAGCAGCUGAUUAUUUUGUUCAAGACGCUUCAAAGCUGGAUGGUGACAUUAGACGUCACCUUAAAAUAGGUCCUACAGGAGCUUAUACCCAGGGCAGAACUGAGCCUCUCUAUUACGAUGACAUGAACCUGGUCAGGGAUCUAAAGAUGAUCACGGCGAAACACUUUCCGCCGGAGUCCUGGCAGCCGCUUGCCUUGAAGAGUUCGCCAUCGAACACGGAAUCCUCGUCCUUCCUCUCCAUUCAAACUUCAGCCACUACAAUUCCUACACCAGAGCCUGUUCCAACGCCGCCACUUACCUUCUCCGAGACAGUGUUUACUUGGAUAUCAAAUACAGUAGACAAAGCAAUCUUCUUGAAAGUGGACAAUGAAGCCAUACUAUACGAUACAGCUUACGUGGAACUGACAAAGGCUGUAGAAGCAGCAAUGGAAAUCCCCGUUAUUGAAAUUCGCGAGGAUAUAGGCGAUCUUUGCUUCUUGGCUUAUGGAAACUUUGAAGAAAUUAUUCUAGACAAAGAAAGAAUCGCUGCUGAAAUUGCAUGGGAAAAACGUAUGCGCAAGAAGAUGAAAAAGUCACUACGUAGACAGGAAAACUUUAAAGGUUACGAGACGCCACCAACACCGAGGAGUGUGAUCUCAUCACACGAAAGUUAUAAAAAGCCACCUCCAAGACCUUGCAAAUGCCAUCCACAAUUCCACUACAACCGGUAUACUAAGGAUCGUUUUGGUAUUUAUCUUCCGCAAGACCAAGGAUUUAGUAACUAUAAUGUAACUGUAACACCGGUAUUAUCUUUGGAAGAUCUUGUCGAUGAGACCCUUACUGCUGAAGAAACUACAACCGAUAAUAAAAGCGCUCGUGAAAGGAAGGGUUCGAUGGCAUCCACCAAAACUAAAGGCUCAAUAAAAAGCACCAAAAGCCGUAAUAGAAGCAUGUUGUCAGAAAAACCAGUUGUUACUAUUAAAAGUCUUACUUCAGUCAAAAGUAUUAGCUCUGAAAAAAGUAAUGCAAUGAGCGUAAAAACAGGUGCCACCUCGUAAAAACCUAUGCGACAGACAUUAGUGUCACCUCAAAUAAAGCGACGAGUUCAGGAUGUAGGUAAAGUUUCAUAUGGAAGCAUUCAAAGUUGAAAGUAACUUAAUUGAAUUUGGCUAUUGCAUUCUCCUCUCCUGCCAUCUAUAUGCAUUAGCUUACUAUGCAAAUUAAAUACAUCUAACAAAAAGUGGCGAGUUUGUUUUUUGAGUGCCUACUAAAUUAUAUUGUUCUUUGCCCUCGCAACACAGCUAUAAAGAACUAAUUAGUAUUCUUUUGUUCACAACACGUACAUCCGACUGCAAUUUGUGCAUGGACAUCCCCAAAGCAGCGAAUAAGAAUUCCUUUUUUUUUAACUUCCAUGAUAAUGGCGGAGCAACCGUUAGACCACCUUUUGAUUGUAGUUUAGACUGCUUUGUCAAAUGUUUCGGUUAAGAUUGUCGGCGAGCAAACGUAGAGGAAAAGCACAUUACAGUUGGAAUAAAGACGGAUAAACUAUCUGAUGGUACCUUAAUCGCAAUUGCUUGUCCGACACUAAGAACAAAAAGAAAUUUCCUGAACCCGAUAUUAUUGGGACCAACCACAGAUGGCACAGUGAUACCAACUGUAUCAUACCCACACACAGUGGCGGGCACAAGGUUUUUAGACAAGAACAUUCACAGAAACUACAUGUUCCAAACAGUUCCAAACAAAAUACUAUCGUAGUUUGUAUUUUGACAUUAAAAAAACGUGUUAUUGUCUUUGUUUAACUACUGCGUGCCGUCGUAAGCCAAAAAAGAUAGCCUCACAUUGGUCUGUGCCAAGCACGGGAAUCGAAAAUAUGUAACGUC